AUUAGUUUUCUUGUAUAAAUAGAACCACUGAUGUUAAUUUUGUGUCCAAAAAUAUAUAAUCUACUGCUAUAAUGAUUGCUGUAUUAGGUUUUUUACUUCUUACAUUCGACUUUGCUGUGGGAAUAAAAGGUGGCCAAAAUGCCGAGGCAUCAGUGCCCUACAUGGCUUCUUUACAAAUCGAGGAUAGACACUUCUGUGGCGGCGCAAUUUUAUCUUCCAAAUGGAUACUAAGUUCAGCUUACUGCACUCAAACCUAUUACUAUAAUACAUCGCUAGUUACAGUGGUAGUGGGUAUCUUGAAUACUCUUGAGAGAGGUCAGUCGUUUCAAGCAGACAAAAUAAUAGUUUACGAUGACAACUUCUAUGUAAAGAAUGAUUUAAGUCUGGUCCGAGUUAAAGGGGAGAUGAAAUUUAACAAAUACGUUGCUGCGAUCGAGCUGCCAGAGCGUGAGCCUAAACCUGGAACAACGGCGGUGGUUAAUGGUUUUGGAAGCCAAGAGCGUUACGGUGAAGUUCUCAGACAACUGCAAACCCUCAAUAUGUCCACAUUAUCUUUAGAGAAAUGUAAUAGCUUAUACACGGACAGAAGGCGACCAUUGCAUAAAGAGCAACUCUGUGCUGUUGGUGCAAAGAAAGAAGCCAGCGUGUGUCUUGGAGACAGCGGUGGGCCGCUUUACAAUGGAAAGAAUCUUAUAGGAAUCGUUUCAACAACCAACAGCUGUGGCAGAAGCAAGCCUAGUAUUUUCACAAAUAUAUUUUACUACACAAAGUGGAUUAUGGAUAAUAUGAAUUAGAUAGUAAAAUGUAUUUAUGCACAAAUAAAAACCAAAUCCUA